AUGGCCAUGCAGAUCAAGAAGUUGCUGGGCCUCAAGAGCGAGGUGCCGGUCGUGCCUACGGACCAGGUCAUCCCUCUCCAUUGGUUCGAGGAUGGCUUCAUGUGGAAGACGGUCAUCGUCUACACCCUCCUUGCCUUUGACGAAGCACUAGAUCCAGAGACGCUGCGCGACUCGUUGACGAGGCUGAUCCAGCGUGAUGGCUACAAGAAACUUGGAGCUCGCAUCAGGAAAAACGCCCAAGGCGGAGUGGAGUACCAUGUGCCGGCCGAGUUCACCGCUGACCGUCCGGCACUGGCCUUCACGCACGUCCACCACGACAUGCUGAUGUCGGACCACCCCGUGGCCUCCAAGAUCCCCAAACCGACGGGGCUGUCCGGCCCCACCGUCGUCGGCGACCCGGAAGAGCUUUCGGAGCUCUCACGCGCCGGCAACGCGGCUCUCUCGCUCGACGCCUGGCUCACGACGGACCGGCCGACGCUGGGCCUGCACGUCACCACCUUCCGCGACGCCACCACCGUGUCGCUGUGCUGGCCGCACCUGGCCUUCGACGCCAUGGGCAAGAAGGCGAUCCUCGAGGGCUGGAUGCUCGCGCUGCAGGGCCGCGAGGACGAGAUCCCGACGCCGAUAGGCUACGACACCGACCCGCUGGCCGAGCUCGGCAAGCACGCCAAGGAGAAGCACCUGCUGGCGGACCGGCGCGUGGGCAAUGUCGGCAUGGCGGGCUACGUCGCGCGCAACGUCGUGGGCCUGCUGGGCCCCAAGGAGAUCCGCAUGGUCUGCAUCCCCGCCGCCUUCUGGCAGAAGAUGGUCGCCGACGUGCGCGCCGAGCUGGCCGGCCUCGGCGCCGCGGCCGGCGAGGAGCCGCCCUUCGUCACCGAGGGCGACGUCCUGGUCGCGUGGUGGACGCGCGUCUGCUGCUCCCACAUGGGCGAGUCGUCGACGGCGCUCGUCGCCGCGCAGAACGCCAUGUCCCUGCGCCGCGUGCUGGCCGACGACCUGCUCAGCCCGGCCGACCGGCCCUUCAUCUCCAUGGCCCUGACCUUCCCGACCGUGCUGCUCCCCGCGGGCGAGAUCCUGACCAAGCCGCUGAGCUGGCUCGCGCUGCAGUUCCGCAACGCGAUCAAGGAGCAGGGCGCGCGGGAGCAGGUCGAGGCGUACGCGGCGCUGCAGCGCGAGUUCAACGCGUCGAUGCGCACGCCCGUCUUCUUUGGCGACAGUGGCAUGUACAACCUGUUCUACUCCAACUGGCAGCGUGCGGGCCUGUUCGACUUUGACUUCAGGCUGGCGGCCAAGACGCCGACGGAGAAGCCGCUGCGCGCGUCGUACAUCCAUUGUGUGCAGGACCCAGCGUUCCCCGAGGGGUGGCCCAUCAGUGGGAAGGAUGAGAAGGGGAACUACUGGAUCUCCGGGUUCAGACAGAAGGGUCUUUGGGCGAAAGUGGAGGCGGAGUUGAAGGCCCAGUCGAACGGGAAGGCGGCUUAG